AUGGAUUUUGGAUCCAAAUAUAUUUACAAAUAUGAUCAUUCGGAAUCAGAAUCCGUAUCUGAUGAUGAUGAUGGUACGCUUGGUAAUGAUGGUGAUCCAUUAUUUAUACCAAAACCAAAAGCAAAUAAAGAAGAAAAACAAAAUGAACAACAAAUUGUAUCUGCUACAGGCAGUUCUACAUUAGCCUCUCAUAGACGAAAACGUUUACGUAAACCUGAUACGAAUGUUCUUAGUGUUAAAUUUAAUCGAUUACUUCAACCAGGUGAAAUGCAUGCGGGUGAUCCUGUCUAUUGUAAAGAUUGUGGUGCAAUAACUUCUCAUUUAAGUAAAAUUGAGACAGAGACACAAGAACCUACUACAAAUGAUCGAUCAAAUGAAUCAGAAUCUAAAUGGCAUUGUGAGUUUUGUUCAAUUACAAACAUAGUUGAUAUUGAACAAUCAGAUUUACCUAAACAAGAAGAUGCAACAUAUUUACUUUCUCCAGCACCUGUUGUUCAUGGUUCAGAUAUGACUGGUGUUGAUGACUCUAUAGUUUUAUUUUUAAUUGAUAUUAGUGGUUCAAUGUCAUCAACAACAUUAGUUCAAGGUACAUUUAAUUUACCUCAGGCACUUAAACAACAAGAACGUGCUGCUGAAGCAUUUGGUGGUGCACAUAUGAUACGACAACAUCAUCAAACAUAUGUAUCACGUUUACAAGGUGUACAAAUGGCUGUUGAUGCUAAUUUAGAUAAACUUGUUAAAGAUACACCAACAAGACGUGCAGCAUUACUUACAUUUAAUCAUGAAAUAACAUAUUUUGGUGAUGGUACAAGAGAUGAACCAUUAGUUAUACGUGGUGAUAAAUUAAAUAAUGCAAAUGAUUUAUUACAUGAAGCUGAAAAAGAAUUAAAUCAUGAAUUAAAACCUGUUGCAGAAACAAAAACAAAACUGACUGAGCGUGUUUAUGAUCUUGAAGAAGGUGGUCAAACAGCACUUGGCCCAGCUGUUGUUUUUGCUCUUAAUAUAGCAUCGAAACGACAAGGUUCAAAAAUAGUUAUUUGUACUGAUGGCUUAGCUAAUCGAGGUUUAGGCAAUUUAGAAACGGCUCAAGAUGAAAAAGUUGACGAGGCUAUUAGAAAUCAAGCUCUUGAAGAAGGAAAUCAAUUUUAUGCUGAAUUAACCGAACGUGCUAGAGAAAAAGGUGUCAGUAUAUCCGUUAUCACUAUCAAAGGCACUGCUUGUUUACUACCUGUGAUCGGUCAAAUGGCUGAUGGUACAGGCAGUAAUGUAACAAUUGUUGAUUUAUUAAAUAUGCGUGAUGAAUUUGCAUCAAUACUUGAACAAAAAGUUAUUGCAACAAAUGUUGAAGCAACAUUAAUUGUUCAUCGUGGUUUAUAUAUUCGUAAUCCUGAUAAUUUAGAGGAUAAACUUAACAAAAUAAAACGUGAUAUUGGAAAUGUAACAAAACAAACUGAAGUUACAUUUGAAUUUGGUAUUAGAAAUAAAGAAGAAGUCAAAGAAAAAUAUCAUAUUGAUUUGGAUCAAUUAGAACGAUUACCAUUUCAAGUACAAGUUACUUAUAUAGCUGCUGAUGGUAGUAAAGCAUUACGUGUAUUAACACAAUUAAAAGAAGCAACAGGAGAUCGUGAAAUAGCUGAAGUUAAUGCUAUUCGAAGUGUUAUUGCAGAAAAUCAUAUUCGAAAUACAGCAAAUGAUAUGAUGGCAGCAAUAUCUGAUGAAGACGAAUAUGAGACAGCACGUACACGUUCAAAAUGGUCAACACCAGUUGUACAAAAACAACGUGUAGCUUAUAUGGAUAAUCUUAAUGCAAAAGUACGCUCUCGUGGAACUUAUGAAACGGAUCAAUUUAAUGAAAGACGUUGGAAUGCAGCAAGUAAUGAAUUACAAACACAUGUUAUUACAUCAAGAUCUCGUAAGGCUGAUGCAUUAAGACAUACAACAUUGACAUCAACAUCAGCAGUACCAUCACCACCACCAUCAAGUCCAGGAGAUGCAUCUGAACGUAAAGCUGUUGUUCCUUCAACAACAUCAAAAGGUCUUUCAAAACGAAGUUAUGGUUUUGCUACAUCAAAUCUUAGCCAUUUUUCUGAUCAGCAUUCAGAAGAUCUCUAUCGAUAUAAAAAUAUAUCAUCAGAUUAUAUUCGUGGAACAAGUCCAACACGUGAUGAUGAUCAACCUGCUAUCGCAUCGAGUACCAAUCGUGUUGCAACUAGACGAUAUGAAAAUGAUGAUCAACCAGACAUUGUGUCAGGCAGCCGACGUUCUGCUGUUAGACGAAAUGACGAUGAGGAACAACCAGCUAGUACAUCAGGCAGGCGUCGUGUUGCUUUUAAACGAAAUACUGAUGACGAAGAUAUUCCACCAGUGAUUGCCUUAAAUACUGAUCGUUCCGCAACAAGACGAGAUGAUGAAAACGAUCAAUCAGCUAAUACAUCGAGUACUGGUCGUUUUUCAGUUGGACAACAUGAUGAAGACAACCAACCAGCUAAUGCAUCGGAUACCAAUCGCUUUGCAACUAGACGACAUGAUGAUGAUGAUAAUAAUAAAUAA